AUGCAGCCAUCGGGACCGUUCUCCCGCAGCAGCAACCGACGGGAUUUGAUUCCCAGCAGGGAUGAGUCGGAGAUCGCGAGCACGCAAAAAUCGGGAAGCUUCGGGAGGAGCAGCAGCAGCGGGUUGGGGUCGUCCCCUUACGGGCGGUGGAGAUCGGUCGAGUUCUUCCUAAUGUACUGCUACACCGCGUACUUCUACUACCAGGUCAUCCGUCACGCCGUGCGUCUCUCGAACCGCUACGCGUCUCUCGUGCAGCACUGGCCGGCGGGCAGCAGCGGGCUCUACCCCGGCUGGAUUGCCGGCCGAAAGGUCGACCUCUCUGACGAUCAGCUCGGGGUCGCAGGCUCGGCCCGAAGCAAGGACGGUUUGGUGGGGGGUGGGAAGAGGUGGGGCAGCGGGGGAGGACACGUGUUGGCGUGGUAUUGGCUGGUAGCGUCGCUAGCGUACGUGGUGUACCUGCACGAGGCCAGUACAGCCUUCCUCCUCGCCUUUGCUGUAGCGAAUUACGUUUUAGUGAAGCAGCUGGGGUCCUGGUGCGCUACCAGAGAGGGAGGGCCGCUGCUGGGGGCCAAGAUCACAGGCACUGCCAGUGGCAGCAGCGUGGGAAACAGCUUCCUGGAAGCUCACCGAGCCAAGUGCUUGCAGUGCCGGCAGGGCCAGGCGUGCUACACGGCACGGCAGGGGGAGAGCCUCCCUCUGGCUGCAUACUCCCUCCCCGCCUACCUUGCUUACCUCCUCUUCGCCCCACUCUACAUCUCCGGCCCCAUUUCCUCUUUCAAUGCCUUCACCUCGCAGCUCGACACCCCGCAAAAGACGAUGUCUGCCGCCCGCGUCGCCAUGUACGCCAUCCGGCUGGCGGCCUCCUUUCUCCUCAUGGAGCUCAUGAUGCAUUUCUGCUACUUCCAGGCACUUGCCAAGUCAGCAGGACCCUGGUUCUCGGAAGCUUCCCACAGCACCGGGGGUAACGACCUAGGGAGUGCCUUAUGGGGUCAAGAGGCCCCCGGGAAUCUCGCCUUGGGGAUGAGCAUAGUGAGCUACGGCGUUCUUAACUUCAUGUGGCUCAAAUUUUUCCUCAUCUGGCGCUUCUUCCGCCUCUGGGCACUCGUGGCCGGCGUGGAAACCCCCGAGAACCUUCCGCGGUGCAUCAACAAUAAUUAUGAUAUUGAAGGGUUCUGGCGCGGGUGGCAUGCGUCGUACAACAAGUGGAUCGUGCGGUACCUGUACAUUCCGCUGGGCGGCGGGAAGCGGAAGCUAGUGAACGUGUGGAUCGUGUUCACGUUUGUGGCGCUGUGGCAUGACCUGGAGUGGAAGCUGCUGUGGUGGGCGUGGCUCACGUCGCUGCUGCUCGCACCAGAGAUGAUCGUCAAGGCCAUCGGGAACCUCAAAGCCCUGCAGACAGAAAUGGCUGCCCUCGCCAACGCUGCUGUUGCUCCCUCCACCUUCGUCGGCCAGAGCGCUGAGCUCGCCGCCAAGGUGAACAAUGUCGAGGCCCGCGUCUCCAUGAGGAAGACGGCCAAGGCCGCCCCCUCCAGCUCCUUCUACGGCCCCGACCGCCCUCUGUUCCUGGGCCCGUUCUCCGCCCCCCCUUCCUACCUCACCGGCGAGUAUGCUGGUGACUACGGGUGGGACACCGCGGGUCUGUCCGCCGACCCCGAGACCUUCGCCAAGAACCGCGAGCUGGAGGUGAUCCACGCCCGCUGGGCUCUUCUCGGUGCCCUGGGCUGCCUGACCCCCGAGCUGCUGGCCAACAACGGCGUCGAGUUCGGCGAGGCCGUGUGGUUCAAGGCCGGUGCCCAGAUCUUCUCCGAGGGCGGCCUCGACUACCUCGGCAACCCCAGCCUGAUCCACGCCCAGUCCAUCCUGGCCAUCUGGGCUUGCCAGGUGAUCCUGAUGGGUGCCGUCGAGAGCUACCGCGUGGGUGGCCUGGAGGGCUUCCAGGAGGUGGAGGACCCCCUGUACCCCGGCGGUGCCUUCGACCCCCUGGGUCUGGCUGACGACCCCGACGCUCUCGCGGAGCUGAAGGUGAAGGAGCUGAAGAACGGCCGCCUCGCCAUGGUGUCGAUGUUCGGAUUCUUCGUCCAGGCCAUCGUGACCGGCAAGGGUCCCCUUGAGAACCUGUCCGACCACCUGGCUGACCCCACCGUGAACAACGCCUGGGCCUAUGCCACCAACUUCACCCCCGGCCAGUAA